CUGCAUCUCACGCGCGCAUACGGUACUAUAUUUAAUUUAAUAUCGGAUGUUUUUAUUUUUAUUCGUAUCUUUAUCUUUCAUCAUCUUUUUACCUUGAUGUUUUUUAGUUUACAUUUUACAACACAUAUUUAGAAGUAUAUAACUACAUCAUUGUCAUCUCAAUCCCUUUUUUGACCCUUGGCGCACCUCCAUUGUUCUCGGAAGGCAUAUGUAACGACGAUAACGAGGCUGAGUCUAUUGUGCCGAUCCGCGCUUGGCUUUUUGGCUUUUUGGCUUCGUCAGCCACUGCAUAACUACUGCUACUUCCUUCUUUUUCAUACAUUGUCCACCUACUUGUUUUGGGAGUCGUUUAUUUAGAAUCAUAGCUUCCUACCUUCUCUUACUUGGAAUAUUAUAUAUCUUGUCCAUCUUGACUAAGCUUUGUACACUACACUAUACUACACUACAUUACAUCAUAUCACCACCUACAACUUUCAUCUACAGACUACAUUCGACAGAUGAGCCAGUACAGAAUACUUGGCGCAACUUUUGCAAAAUGCUCGACGAGAACUUACCAACCUUCUUCUUCAGACCCUCUAAUAAUCCGCUAUUAAGGAUCUUAUACUUCUCUCAAAACGGCUCCGAGCCGGCACCUGAAUACUCACUCCAGAAAAUAAACCCGGACCUCCCCCAGUCUAGGAAUAAGUACGCCGUGGCCUUGGGAGACGCGAGCUUUCACCAUGUCAUCUUAGCUGAGGUCCUGAUCGAGCCCGAAUUUCAACAGCCUACUCUGUCCGCUGCUGAAAUCAGACAACAGAAUGGUGUUCCACCCCCGCCUGUACCUUUAAUCCCUGACGGAUUCGCCAUACAACUGUAUAACCCGGAGCACCAGGUUAUGGUAAAGGGUGAGAAGAGCACCUGGACCGGAAAGGAGUCGUGGGAGUUUGAAAUGCCUCAGCAAAGCUUUCGCAUGCCCUCGGUGUCCAAAGUUGAUCGCCAGCAGAAUGACCCAGUCGCAAGUAGUCUCACACCCAAGAUAAUGUUCAAGUGGAAGAGGGAUAGUAAGUUCUCCAAGGACAUGACAUGCUACAUGACAGGCACGUCGGUUGGUGGCAAGAAGAGCAAGGACCCGGAUAUUACAAUAGCGUUAUACAAGAACGGGAGGGAACCUAGUGUCACCAUUUACGAGCCGAAUCUUCAGAGGGUAGACAUAGAGGAUCGCAAAGGCCUCGAAGUCGUACUGCUGCUCGGCGCUGAGGUCAUUCGCGAGAUAUACCUAUUCCCUAACCGGGACUCAUUCAAUAUUGCAGGCUCGGCAAAUAGGCGCAAGAACUCACGGCAGAACUCGCGGCCCAGUCCAACCUCAUCUACAUCACCACAUCUUAUGACGGGCGCAUUCGGCAACCUCCCUCCCGCAAAGACCACCUCCCCCGUCACUCAACAGCCCACACCUCCAGCAGAAUCCAGCAUAGACGUCGAGACUAAGCGUCUACAGGCCUUAGUCCAGCAAGAAGAGCGUGAGCGCGAGCAGCGGGACCGUGCGGAGCAGAAGCGCAUCAAGAAGAUGCUCGAGGAAGAAGAGGAGAAAGAGCGCCAACGUCGUGACGCCGAGGUGGCCAGGGAGACGGAGAGGUUGCGAAAGGAGUUUGGCAUAGAAGGCCAGGACUUUGGCCCAAAACCAAACCUGCCUCCCCGACAAAGCAUCGCUGGGCCUAGCCGCACGCAGUUGCAACCACCACCAGCCCCACCACAGCGGCCCGUGAGCGCGGGACCCAAGCCUCAUUCGCACGGAGGAGGGUUCAGCAGUUGGUUCCAUGCUGUGGGACCUACUCCUGGUGCUCCUAUGCCGCAGGCUUUGGGAUAUGGGUAUGGGUACGGACAGCAGUUGCAGCCGAAUUCGGGGCGGAGGAGGGGCGGGAGCGCGGAUAGUGGGACUGGAAGCGGGAGCGGGAGUGGGAAGAUGUUGAAGAAGAAGAGUACGUUGUUCUAAGGAGUGUAAACUUGGAUUUGGGAUUUGGGACUCGGUUGUAUGGCGGGGAUCAGGCGGUGCUAUGUAAACUUGGGUUCGAACAGGCUGGAUCUGGCAAGUGCGUAGGUAUAAGGAAUGCGUGAUUUGAAUGAUACCCAUGACAAGUUUGGUCUAUAUUUUGGUUUAUGAUGAAUUUGUUGUGGUUGGUUAAGUCGAACGGUACUGUGAAUUUAUAUGAAUUGUAGAUAUUUGAAACUCCCAUCUUUAAGGGGUGUGCUAAUUACAUGAGCCUACGCAGUAACUAGCAAGAAUUCUCUCGAGAACCACUUUGAGGUUCUACCUAGAUGGCAAAUUCACCAGUACAUUAUUUUCUUUUGGGCGCCUGGGUAACUUGAAGUCCCAGCUUUGACGAGUAUCUCUACUAUCGCUGAUCCCACGAUUACACUUCUGGUUUGCUCUGGAUGUUUACUACGGCUCAUCUAAGUAGUCUAGGUUUUAGAUUAACUAAAUAGACGGGUAUAAUUGCCAUGUA